GCGUGCGCAAUCCAUCUUGUGACAGGCGUUCCUCGUAGUGUUUUGGUUUCGACCGAUCCGAAUGGCUUACAAUCGCGUAAGGAAGGGAAUGACGAGCGUAAUAGGAGUCCUUUUUUACACGUCGCUAAGCUCCUCGCAAGAUAUUCGUCGGUUUUCGGAGUAAAUUCGCUAGCCCGACUGGUGUAGAGCGCGCACGUAAAUAAGCACUACGAGGAACGCCUUUCAUAUCUUAGAUUACGUACGCUAUAAAAAUCGAAGAUAAAUCAACACAAUCAAAAUUCUAACGUGCUUCCUUGUGCAAAUCGCCUGUGUAAACGGGCCUAAUAUCUCCUCCUCACUGACCGUUUCGGCUUUAAAUUGGGCUUCCUGUGGUAGUCAUUGAAUCUGUUUCCCAGUCUCUGUCUUCCGUUGCUCAAAACAAACGUAAUGGCUGCCGUUCGUGAACAAGGUGAUAAUCAGCAAGGCUCACGAAAUUCUUGGUGUCAACUGGUUUGUACCCAUGAAUGUAGACCACCGAUUGCUGUUACUAAAGAAACCUUCUCUUUUGGCAGGUCUCCAGCAUGUGACAUGAGUUUUGUUGGGUGUAAGUUCUUGUCAGGAAAUCAUUGUUUUAUCAUGAAAGACAGUGAGGGAAAAGCAUGGUUACAUGAUACGAGUACAAAUGGGACACUAAUCAAUGGUAAUAAAGUCAAGGCAGGGCAGGCCAUCAAGCUUUGCAAUAAUGAUGAAAUUAAACUUGUUCAUCRAAAAGAACUGGAUAUUGGUUUUGUGUUUCAUGACUUACAAACUAAUACAGGAGAAGAAAAAUUAGAAAACAUCCAAGAAUAUAGUCUUGAUUCAGAUUCAGAUGCAUCCUUGAAGGACAAGAAAAAAUCCAUACRUGGAGAAGGAAAUAUAGAAAACACUGGUAAACGACCCCAUCAUAAGAUUGAAAGCACCAGUGAGUCAGAUAGUCCUGCCCCCAAGAAACAACAUGUGGAGAAAGAAAAUGAAGAGGAAGAAAGUGAUAAAAAAAUGCUUAAGAAUUCUAAGAGCUCUAUUGCAGAAAACCUGAUCUGCUCUAUUUGUCAGGAUAUUUUCCAUGACUGCAUCAGUUUACAGCCCUGUAUGCACAGUUACUGUGCCUCUUGUUAUUCCCAAUGGAUGGAUCGUUCUACUAGAUGUCCUAGUUGUCGUGUGAAAGUCAAGAGGAUCAGCAGAAAUCACUUGGUUAAUAAUUUAGUGGAAGCGUUCUUAAAGGAUCAUCCAGAAAAACGACGUUCAAAAGAGGAUAUCGAUGAAAUGGAUUCAAAAAACAAGAUAACAUCUGACAUGUUAAGGCCCCCUCGUCGAAGACACGGGCUGGGCAUGCCCAUAUUUGGUGGACUUGUCGCCUUUGACGACGAAAGUGACGAUGAAGAAGACGAAGAGUUUUCAGAAGAAGGUAGUGAUUUUAGUGAAUAUAGUAUGCCCUAUGACGACGACGACGAUGAUGAUGAUGGCGAUGACGACGAUACCUAUGACAGGCUGUUUGGUCACCAUGGUUCUGCUGUUGCUUCCAUUGCCGGUCUUUUCGGUUUUGCGCCACGUGGACCUCCAAGCAGAAGUACAUUACAAGUGUGUCGGCAGUGUCCAUCUACUCAGCCAUCCUCUAACCCGCCUACAACAUCCACAUCUACAGCCAGUGUCAGUGGUACUACCAAUGCCAGUAUUACCACAGCGAGUAGUAGCAUUGCCAACAACUCAAAUCAAAAUGCGUCUGGCAUCACAGAUCCGCCUUAUGUCUGUUCACCAAGUGGAUCACACAUCCUGUGUCUGUGUUGUAUGGAGUACAUGCCUGAUAGAAAAAACAGUACUGAUAACGACUCUCCUCAGACUUGUUCUAUCUGUAAUCGCGCCUUUUGUAACUUGUACUGGGGAUGUGCUGGUAGGUGUCACGGCUGCUUGAAUAAAUUCAAAGAUAUGGUGUUUCAAGGAAAUCAUUUUUCGGAUAAUUUGAUUGACAAUAAUACGUAUGAAUCUACUGUUCUAAAGGAAUACAUGUUGGAUAAGUGCAUUUCCUUUGACGAGCUGAUGCGGAGAUGUCUCGAAAAGCUGGACUCUAAAGAUUAUCGACCUAAAGAUUCGUGUGACAUCACGUCCACAACUGCUGUGUGUCAGAAAUGUGGAUUCCGGAAUUUACAGGAAUUGGCAUAUCAAUACCGUCGAGAUAUCCCCCGGCAAGAUUUACCAGAGUCAGUGACAAACCGAACAGAUUGCUAUUGGGGACGGAAUUGUCGUACUCAAAAAACAAGCUUGCACCAUGCCCAUAAAUUCAAUCACAUUUGCGAACAGACGAGGUUCACAUGAUACAAUGGCGUUUCAGGCCGCGUUAGCGGAUAAUAUUCAACCUGUAGUCCUUUACUCCGUACUACUCGCAGUUACUAUUGAAGAGCAUAUGCAGGUUUUGAUAAGUUUCCAAACCUGCCAAUGUGAGCUAAAAAAAUCGAAAAGAAUUUGCAGAUGAUUGUCAGCUUACGUGCUCAGUAAGCUACCGUAGUGCAGUUUUCGUAUGGCUGUGAAAAGUGAAAGUUCAGUGCCGUAAGCGUGACGUGCCGUGACCGUGAUGCUUUCUAGAAUAUUAAUUGGCUGAUUUUUUUUACGCGCAAUAUGAUUGGUCUUGCAUUGACGUGCCCUUGGCGUGACUGUGUCCGCGCCGUGUUUAUACCGUGUUCCGGGUAUUUGGCUUGAUGGAGACUAAAUUUUCGUGCGAUGUGAUUGGUCUGGCGUAUUCCUUGCUGUGUCACGACCGUGUUCGUGCCGUGAACUUUUCACGGUCAUACGAAAACUGCUCUAACGUUAGUGUCUAACUGGGUCGAAGCACUGAAAUAACUUAAGUGUCAAAUUUGACAUACGCAAAAAUAUACAGCUAUUUAAAGAAGGUUGGUUAGGGUUGUCUUCCAUUUUGCAUACCAAGCCCUAAUUGCACCAUGUGAAUACCAUCAUCGAAAGAUCACUACGAUAUGAAAAGUUCCUAAACCUUGUCGGCACGUUUUUCUUGGUAUGUUUUCUUUAGUGCUGAAACUAUCAGAUUUACAUAUGAAUGUAUUGCAGCAUUUCAAGGUUAGUAAGCAACAAGCAAGAUGCAACAGAACCUUUACCAACCAUUUUAUUUGAAAUAUCUGUAUUGCCAAGGGCAUUUCAGCUUGUGCUCAAUAUUGUUAGACUGUAUUAGAGUAUCAGAAGGCAUUAUUUGUCUCUCGACUACAUUUUCCAGUCCCUUCUGUUCUUUCUAUGCUUUCAAAGGGAAAAAGUCAAUAUUCGGCAGCUAUUUAAAGUGCAAAUGAACCCUUUGACAAUACAUUCAGUACUGGUUCUGCAUAAAGUAAAUAGUUGAUUGGUAAAAUAUUUCUUGAUUUGAGUGAUGCGCCUCUAAUUUAUGA